AUGGGAAGAUGCUCAAAGUGUUCUAAAAGUAUUACGAAAAGGAACGUCGGCCUAGAAUGCAGCAAGUGUGGUAAUUUAGUUCACGCAACUUCUACCUGCGCAGGACUUACAAAGAAACAACUUAGCUCAUUAAAAACAGCCGAAAACCUGGAAUGGACGUGUAACGACUGUUCGCGAAAGUCACCGAGGAGAGGUUCCUUCGUAACACCAGAAGAAGACACCGAAGACGACGAUGACGAAGUAGAAUCCAAGAAUGAGUAUCCGAUAAGUAUGAAAAAGUUACUAACUGAUCUUACUCAAGAAAUACACAAAAUCAUUAAAAAGGAACUAAAAGAAACAAAUAUUGGGGUACAGUUUUGCAGCGAAAAAGUAGAUGAAUGUUUAGAAUGUAUGGAAGCAUUCAAGGAAAAAAUUAAACACCUGGAAAAGAAAAACUGCGAUUUAGAUAACAAAUACAAGGCAAUGGAAAACAAGAUGGCGGCACUUCAACAACGUGUAAAUGAUUUCGAGCAAAAAGAACUAUGUCACAAUAUAGAAAUCAUAGGAAUACCAUAUGUAGAAAAGGAAGACCUAGGAGAAAUCACAAAAACAAUAGCCAAAAAUCUUAAAACGAACGUAGCGGAUGUCAAAAAAUGCAAACGUACGACCGGGCCACCCGGAAAGCCCGGCGUACUAAAACUACAAAUGCUCGAUGAAGACACUAAAUUUAAGUGGAUAAAGCAAGCUCGUUCUACACACCUAACAGUCGACAACAUCAUUUCAGGCAUACAAACACAAGCUGGUAAGGAAAAAGUGUAUAUACGAGAGGAGUUAACUAACUACAACAAAGCUCUUUUGUGGCAAACUAAGCAGCAUUGUAAAGAUAAAUACAGAUUUGUGUGGUGUAAGGAUGGCAAAAUCAUGGUGCGUAAAUCGGAAAACUCUAAAGUCUACAUUAUUAGAGCCGAAGAAGAUCUAAAGAAUUUAUCAAGCAACUGA